CUAAAAAAAACAAGUGUAAAUGAUAGUGGCUCGGCCUCUUUUCCUGCCAGCGCGCCGGAGGAAAUCUACAUACAUCUCAUGCUGACGUGAAGCUGGAGGGAUUGUGAGUCUGGAUCUCGGCUGCUAAGAGUUUCCUUCGCCCCGUGUGGAUUAUUCAAGAAGAUCAAAUUAUGGCAGCUGGAAGAACCCGGUCAUUCCGACGUGUGGGGAGUCUCAUGCGGACUCGAUCCGAAGGCACACUGAUUGAUCUGAGUGACAAUGGCCCAACCAGCAACAACCUGAAUGGAGUGACGCAAAACUCAGAGUGGCCGCUUUUACAGCCAGAAGUGUUACCGUCGUCUCAAGAGAAGAACCCCUUUUGGAACAAGCUGUCUGCAUCAAACCCUUUUUUGGACGACAUUGUCCACGGCAGCACGGACAAACGUAUUCCUGACACAUCAGAUGUGAUACAAGACCAUGAAAAGCAUUCAGACAAUAGUAAUGACGACACCUACAGCACAUCUUCAGACGAGAGCAACGUCGGGAAGUUUUUGGAAAACAAACACAAAAUCAGCCACAGCUCUGGGAGGUGGAGGAGUGCUUCAGACAUCCUGGACGAUCUGGAGAGAAAGGCGCCAAAACAAGAAAACUGUUUCAGCCCACCAGGGACGGUGCUGAACCCAGACUUCGAGUGGCUAAAGAAUGACAGGGAGGCCUAUAAGAUGGCCUGGCUGAGCCACAGACAGCUGACACGCUCAUGCUUGGACUUAAAUCUGAUCAGCAAGAGCCCUGGAUGGGCUCAGACGCAGGCCACGAACUUUCAAGUCAUCAGUAAGAUCGGUCAUGAUGGAGGCUCUGUGCAGUUACAUGAAUCAGAAAUUUGCAUCCAUAUCCCAAAAGGACACGUUCCUCCUGGAGAAGUCCAGGAAGUUACACUGAAAGCAAUGCUAGACCCUCCUCCUGGACUCAACAACAACUACGUGACAACCAUAAGUCCCCUUCUCGAGGUGGUUCUCAGUAACAUCAACACAAAAGAGUGUCUGUCUCUGGAGAUGAAACUGUCAGGAGAGGUGAAGAAAGACCCUUUAAGUCAGGUAAUGACCACUGUGUCCGGACUGGUGUCCAACAAAAAAGAUGGGCCUUAUCUCAAAAUGAACGACUGUUACAUUAACAACAAUAAGAUGCAGAUGAAGUUCCAGGACCUGAAGACACAUUUUUAUGUCAUUGCGGUCGCAGAGGCGUCUGCGCUGCAGAGCCCUGCAACGUCAAUCUGGGAUUACCUUGACCGACAAAUUACAGUGGCGGUUUAUGGCCCCAGGUACAUCCAUCCAUCAUUCAAAGUUGUAAUAGUUGUCUGUUGUCAUGAUGAUGUCCCACCAAAGCUUCCAUUUUCAGAUGUAUGCAGAGGCAACAAAAAUCUGCCUCCUCUUGUGCUGCAACUGUGGGGUAAACACAGGUUUAAACCAGACCGGCUGAACAACCUGCAUGUUGGUGUUGGCAUCACCGGGUCCAUGUUUAAAAUCAAACCUGAGGACAAACUGAAAGAAGUGCGGCAAAGUCAGCUCAAAAUAGGGACCGUUCUGCACCUGCCGGUUGCGAUGUCUUGUUCUGGCAAUGCAGAAAUGACUCCUUUUAAAUUAGAUGUCGGUGUGAAGGAAUCAAACACGUCGACUGUUGCGCACUUCCACGUUCCUUCCCCUCCUGCAGCUCCCAUUAGAUCAGAAAAGCGGGUGUUGAGGCAACUUGAAAAGAAGAUUGAAAUGGCAAAAACGACGCCUAUUCCUGAAGAAAGUGGUCCCGAUUUGCCCAAAUUCACGGACAAACCUGUGAACCUGCAAUGGUACGGUGUAGCUCUGAAGUCAGUGCUCCGUCAGCCUCGGGUAGAAUACCUUCUGGAGUACUUUAAAGGUGAGACGGUGGCUAUCCUUUCCAGAGAGACUGUUAGGUCAGUGGGUAACUCCAAAGUAAAGGAGUGGUACAUCGGAUUCCUCAGAGGUAGGAUUGGUUUGGUUCACUGUAAAAACAUCAAACUCAUAACCAAGGACCAGGUGAUCGACUUCACCGGCAUUCAAAUCACCACAGAGGUCCUCUUGGAUAACAUGACGCUGCCCUUCAGGAAGCUCACGUACAUGUACUCUGCUAUCCAGACGAUGGUCACUGAACACAUAACCAGCUGGAGAGAUUUUGCCAACGCCCUAGGGUACAAAAACUUGUCUCUGGACACGAUCACACGGAGGCGCGCUGAAACCGAGGCUGAUAAGGUGGCCUCCGUUCUGGAAAAGCUCAAGGAAGACUGCCACACCGGGAAGAGCAGGAAAAAGUUCCUGCAUGAACUCAUGGUGGGCCUGUUGAAGAUGGACUCUGUGAAUGUUGUGGCCCAGCUCAUUCAGAACACCAUCAUCCUGUCCACUGCUGUGGAGCUGGGAAUACGAUGGAGGGAGCUCGCCGAGAAGAUGGGAAAACUCUCCAGCGCACAGAUAACCAGCUAUGAGGCACCACAUCGAGGGAAGAGCGGCGAAGUCUCCUCCCAGUCCAUGUGGAAGCCUGCUUAUGACUUCCUGUUCUCCUGGAGUAUGCGUUAUGGAGACAGCUACAAGGACAUGAUCCAGGAUCUGCAUCUGGUCAUGGACAAAAUGAAGAACCCCGCCACCAGACAGUGGAGGCAUCUGACCGGUGCGCUCAUAACAGUGAACUGCCUCGAUGUCUUUCAAGACUCUGCCUACCCUAAACACUAAACCUUUCGCAAAACAAACCUGGGAAAACAAUGCAGUGACUUUGGUUACAGUAACAAACAUGUUACCCGGCUUUCUCAGUUCCCGUGAACAGUAGCAUUUUAUACAGAAAGCCGUUUUAUUUUCUGAAAUUCAUCCAGGUACAUACACUAAAUGUUCUCGCAAUAAUGAGCUGUGCAGGAAAAGAAAGAAUGUGAUUUGGCCUUAAAGUCAAAUUUCAUUUUGGUAGAUCAGUUUCAUGUUUAUAGGUCAGUAAUUCCCAAUUAACAUCAAGUCAUUCUCUGUAUUCUGUUCAUAUUCUACCAGAAUCCAAAGGAUUUUUAAGACUCCGGUGAACAUGUGUAUAAUUAUUUUUUAGACUAGUAGUUCUAGUAGUACCUUUUUCUGUCUGUUUAUCUGCUGGAUAUGAAAAUGAUCUACUGAGUAGAAAGUUUUCUCUGCCAGUAAACAAGCUAUAAAAAAGCUAUUAUGCAUGUGUCAUAUGCGGUUGUUGUGUUACAUGUCAGUAGUGUUUUUAUACUGCAAUGCAAUGUUUUUGAUGUGCUCAAAGCAAAUAAUUUAAUAAGGUAUAAAGUGUUACAUUUUUAUUGCCAAAUGGAGACGCCAGUGUGCCACGGCAGGGCGGUGCCAUGUACAGCAGUGCCUUCAGUCACCGUUGCAUUCUUUCAUACUGAAAUGUAAAUACAUAAGAUAUGAAUAUGAAUAAAUAUUUUGAACGUU